AUGGGUUUCUACAGCCUCACCUCUUUUGUGACCGAGUUCGCAUUCUGCCUUUGGGUUUUGAACCUCUACUUCGUCUCCCCCCUUUACUUCUCCAUCCAGCUUGGAUGCCAACCUGUCUCGACAUUCGAGUUUAUUUUGAUCCUUUAUGUGAAGACUAUCAGACGUCUCCUCGUUUACUCCGACGUUGUCCUUCUAUAUGUCAUCCGAGUUGUCUGUCGUAUUGAGCAUUUUCUCGCACCCAACAUGGAAGGAAAAGCUACAGAGCUACUGGCGGUCCUGAAGAACAAUAACCUUGCGAUUGAUGUCAAGGUCAGCCAUCUGCUGAGCAUCAAAUCCGAUAUCAAACAGAAGAAUGUCCCCGAUAAUGCAGUGCAUCUGAUUUUCGAGAGCCUACGGCUAGCGAUCACAUCUCAUCACGCCGCCCUUUACGCAGCCGGUUUCUCAACGUUUGGCCACUUCCUGAAGCGGCUGUUCAUACAGGACCAGGCUCAUAUCGUCUCCGCUUAUGCCCGUCACUUCUGCCCCGUACUUCUCGAGCGCCUGGGAGACCACAAAGAGCGUGUCCGCGCUCAAGCUGCUCAAAUAUUCACCGACUUAUGGCCAGCUGCCAGCGCCGACGUAGAGCACUAUGUGCUCGAAGUAGCCUUGACGGGGAAAAACCCUAAGGCCAAAGAGACAAGCCUGAUAUGGCUAUCUAACAUGUCGAGAAAUCACGGUCUCCUUUUCCGAUCAUACGUGCCGAGCGUGGUUUCAUGCUUAGAAGAUGCAGAUAGUUUCGUGAGACACACUGCUAAAUCGACUGUAGUCGAACUAUUUCAGGGUGCGCCUGCACGGGCUAAAGCAGACCUGACCAAAGAAAUGACUGCUCAGAACGUUCGUCAAUCGAUCGUGAAUGCAGUUUAUGCAAAUAUCGGACUUGAGGACCACUCUUCCACAGCUCGCCCGCGCUCUCGAGUAGAGCCUCGGUAUACCCCCUGCACGGAUUCUCAUCCUCUACGUUCCGCCUCUCGAGCAGAGGUCGUACACCAGCAGCCUGCUGCCGUAGUCUCCUCAGCCCCCCUAAGACCCUCUAAAGAAGCUACACCAAUGGUUGAACCGGAGCCGAUCAAAAGCCGCCCUGGCUCAUCGAAGAGCGACAAAGGACGGACCAUAGCUGCGGCUCCUGAGGCAGAAAAAGCGCCACAUAUGGAAACUGCCCGACCGAGCUCCCAGGAUGGUGAAGCUCCUCAGCCGCUUCAUGCAGAAACGUCGAAGCAAGUCGAAGAUCUCUUCCGUGUGCUGUCUCCAGCUUUCGAAGGUCGCGAAUCCGAGGACAACUGGAGACACCGUGAGAAAUACAUUACCUCUCUCCGCCGACUAACUUACGGCAACGCCCCCCAUGAUUUUCCUCAGCCAUUUUUUACCGGGAUUAAGACGAAUCUCGAUGGUAUUUUCAAAGCAGUCAACUCCCUUCGCACCACUUUAUCCACCAAUGGGUGCCUCUUGAUACAGGAUUUGGCCAAGAUCGGCGGGUCCAGAAUAGACCCGAUGGUCGAGGUCAUUAUGCAGAACCUAAUCAAGCUUUGUGGUGGGAUGAAAAAGAUUAGCGCUCAAAACGGCAAUGUCUCCGUCAACGAUGUCCUGGCAAAUGUGACUUACACUCCACGUCUCCUGCAACACGUGACGAGUGCAUGCCAGGACAAGAACGCCCAGUUACGUCUCUUUGCUGCAGGGUGGCUUAAAACCCUACUUAACAAACAAAGCCAUCACAAGAGCUCGCUUGAGCACGGUGGUGGCUUGGCACUACUCGAGAAGUCCCUAAAGAGGGGACUCACCGAUGCUAAUCCAGGCAUAAGGGAAGCGAUGAGGGGUGCCUUCUGGACUUUUCAUCAGAUGUGGCCUGCAAGGGGCAACAAUAUUCUAUCCGAUCUUGACAACAAGACCCGCCAUCUACUCGAAAAAGAUCCGGCGAAUCCAAACCGUGACCAAUCAAGUUACUUGUCAAGCGACACUCUCACCGUGCCUAGUCGCUCUGCCCUAAAAGAGGCUAUUGCAGCACACAAAAAGGCUCGUCUGGCCCCGGCCAAGACUUUGCCUCCACGACCGGAAUCAGCCCAGUCAUCGUUUAGUGAAACAAAGGUAUCUGAUCCCCCGGCGAAGUCUACUGGGCGCACCGCUCGGGCACCUCUUUCUUCACUUUCUUCGGCGCCUAUGCGACCUGGUGCUAAACCCCGUCGACCCGAAUUGGCACGACCCGCGACUGCCGAUCCAUAUUCUUCUCGCAAAACCGCCGCCACAGAUGCCGUUCACAUUGACAGCUCGCCAAGACCUAGGAGGGUAGCAAACCUGGGGCAGGCGCCCAGCUCAACGAAGAGCAAGCCCAAGAAACUCGAUAUUCCCAUGACCAUGGCCGUCGACCCAGUUGCACCUAGCGCAAGCAACGAAAAUGAGACCCAGGUUGCUACCCAGGUUGCUAGUAAGGUUAGAAAGCGUUCCAGCUUGUCUGAACAAUUCGCUGCUAUCAAGAGAGAUGAUCGCGAUAUAAAUGCCCUGAGCGAAUUAUCCAUCAAUAAGACUGAACAUCCUCAUGAAAUUGCCGUGGGCGAAUCGUCCAACAAUGAAGCAGGUCGUCACGAUGACCAUGCACCUUGCGAAAUAUCUUUCGAUAAACUAGAUCGUCACGAUGAAAAUAAACUGAGUGAAUCACCUACCCCUGGUCCAGAUCAUCACGAUGAAAAUGCCCUGGGCGAAUUAUCUAUCAAUGUACCGGAUCGUCGCGACGAAACUGCACUGGGCGAAUUAUCUAUCAACAAACCACAACGUCGCGAUGAGAAUGCCCUGGGCGAAUUAUCUAUCAAUAAACUAGAUCGUCGCGAUGAAAAUACACCAAGCAAAUCCCCUCCGAGUGAACAAGAUCGUCGCGUUGAGAAAACGAUUGACUCUGCUGAACAUACAUCUCAAGCCCAACGACGUGUUGAAGAAUCCGAGCCUUAUUUUGCGCGCUUUAAGAUUCGGAGUCGCCUGAGCAACAAACGAAGGAACAUCAGUCCACAUUCAGAACACCUAGAAAACGCGAAAGAGAUGGUCCGGGUUGCGGGCCAACGAAUCCGCUCCAGGUCAUUCGACCUAUUUGCAUACCGAAAGCUACAGGACCUUAUUCAUUAUCAUGGAGAGAAACUCUUCACUCGGCCAGUUUUCGAUGAUUUGCUCGACGGACUGUUGGUGGAGCUGCGCAAAGAGCCGAGCCCAGAUAGAAAACACAAUGGCGACUACGCAGACGUGAAGACCCAGGUUGUUGGAACCCUUCGUCUGUUGGAAAAGAGCUGCCCGAACUUGUUUGUGAUUGAUUACGACGCAAUAGACGCCAUCUUUCAUGCGAGAAGAUACUUCGAAACCAACUCUUGGAUUGUUCAAGAACUCCAGCAAACCGCGUUGGAGUGGUUUCGUAACUGCGAGCCAUCAAAGCUCGAAGGCAUGCUUGAUACACUUGUCCAAUAUGUACAACGUGAGACGCGGGACGAACCGGGAUAUCGGUCCAUCCUUAUGGCCCUCUCUCUACUCACUGACCUAAUUGGGGACGCGAACAAGAAAGGGGCUUGGUUCUCGAAUGAGAUCUUGGAACAGGUUGGGACGAUAGCAGCAAGGGACAUCCUAGCCGAAGACACCGACAUAAGAAAGAAGUCUAUCGAACUCUGUGUCCAACUAUAUGUGAUGUCUACUAACCUGUAUCAAGACAAGGGGGUAUCUUUCUGGAGGCUGGUGAAAGCCCCCGAGGGGGGGACCCGGCAAUUGAUAAUGUACUACAUAGCCAGGCAGUAG